GUGAGGUUAACAUGUCUUCAUUUUGUUAAAGAAUUGAACAUUAACUUCAUAGUUACGAAAGUUAUUAUAAAUAAAAUACCGCAUAACCAUAAAAAUGAGCCUGUUCAGGUUAAACAGGCAUUUAUCGCCCAAAAUUCGCCGAACAUUUUCCACCGCUUUGCAAGAAGAUGAAUACACCGCAACACCCCAAUAUCCACCGAUUUUGGACAACUCCUAUUUGGCUCGACUCGAACGUCGCAAGGAAACCGAACGUGAAAGCAUAAAGGACGUGCCAACGAUCGAAGAAAAACAAAUUCGAUUGAACAUGCCCCGUUAUUAUGGCUUCAAAUCGUACAUGUUGAAUGAGGAUUAUAUUCCUUAUAAUAAUUUAACACUCGCACAACACGUCACAAGAACCCACUUGGUUGUCAAUGAUGAGUUGCCUGAGUACUUUAAAGGGAUCAGUGUUGAUGAUUUGGUGGCUAAAACUAAGGCAGAUGUUGAGGAGGCCGUUUAUAUUGAACUUGAGGGACACAAGAGAGCCCAUGAAAUUACUAAUGAAGACCUUAGUGAAGUAGAAAUAGAAAACAUUAUCAGUUCAUCAAUCAGUAAACAAGUUAAUCGAGUCAUUCUCAAUAAUUUAAGUAAAGUACUUCCACAUUUGUUGCAAGUACAAGUGGAUUAUGAUCCGAAAGUUGAAUCUUGUUGGUAUGCAGGUGGAAUGGUUCCACCAGAAAAUGUAAAAAGGUAUAGGAGGGGUAGAGAAUGGACAAAAGAAUAUGAAAACUUGCCCACAGACAGAUUAAUGGCAUAUCAAGGCAAACCUACACUGAACUUAAGAACAAAUUUGCCUUUACCCCCAAUUAUUCCUUAUUCAGAGGCUGAAAAUCCUGCAUUUACUGUCCCAUUUUUUAAAUUUGAUCCUAGGACAGUUGGUACAAAAACCACACACAGAAGAAUCACUAAUAUUCCUGGUUUCUGGCCAGGUGAUCCAAACCAGUUUGGUGUUCUUUCUUACCAUUCCAGAGGUCACAUCUUAACCAGAAAACGCUUCAACGACCCAAAUGACGACAAAGAAGCUCUUCACCGCCAAGGAAUUUUGGCUUCAUUCGGCUGGUUAAGCGCACAAGCAAACUUCUUGGGUUUCAACACGUUCAAUGACUUAACGUAUCCGUUAACCACCCAAACAGUUAUCACGAACGGACAAAUCUGGUCGUUUUACGCUUAUCAAUUGAAUACCAUGUUGAUCCAUGGAAAGAAUGUAGAUGAAAAUCCAAAAAAGAACAUCUGUUGGGCGACUCCCGAGAUGAAACUAUAUGAUUCUGUAGCUGACGGUAAAUUAGUUGGUUUUAAUGAUGACGUUCUGAAAGUAUUAUUAAAGCUUUACGCGAACCAACCAGCGCAACGACUGGGUGUUAAUCUCACCCCAUAUUUAAAACACAAGGAAAAGGUUGUGGCCGAUUAUGAAGAUGCGGAUAAACGCGAAUGGCUUGAACGUGAAUACAAAUUCUUGGUAUCAAAUAGACCAAGACUGGUUGAUAUUGAUGAGGUUUACCACUGGGAAAAGAUUUACAAGAUAGAUAAUAAGACCAGAUUUAUGGAGAAGAGAUUGAGGUUCUUUGAACUGUUCCAAAAACCACAAGAUAGAAGAUUGGAUGAUAGAUUAGGAAAGUAUAUUCCAAGAGCUUUAAGGCCUGAACUGCCAAGACACAAAGGCAGACGUGCCAAGGAAUAUUGGCCUUAAGUUGUUAAUAAAGUUGUGUUAAAGUUUA